GUUAAGAAAGUACAAGAAAUUUUUAAUCUGUUCUCGUCCAAUUUAUUAGUAGUCAAAUUGAAUCUAUGUUUUACGCGUUUUCGUAAAUUGUGCUCUGUUAUCAAGUUUAGCAGCUUAUCAUUAUUGCGGUUAGUAUCGUGUCGUUAAAAAAAUAUUGCUGUUGUAUGGCUGAAAUUCUCCAGAACAAUCUCUCAUCGGAAUAUAACAACAACAGAAUCAGUUCCGGAAGCGCCAAUACAAAAACUUAACUAACAUACUAGCAUGGCAGUGUAUUGUUGGGGCAAUACCGCCCAUGGAGAGCUGGGUCUGGGUGGAAUUGAAGAGGAACAAGUUAUGCUUCCCCGUGAAAUGAACUGGAGCCACGCCGACGGCGUGAAGCAGACAGCCUGUGGUGGUUCACAUACUCUUUUGUUGACAAAGGAUGGCAAACUGUUCGCCUGUGGCAACAAUGACCUAGGCCAGCUGGGGCACCUCACAAACGAUGUACCGAACAAGAGGCCACGUAUGUCCCGGUUUAAAUUUGUGUCAUCACUAGAAAACUACAUAAUAACGCAUAUAAGCUGCGGAACAGCACACUCAUUAGCCAUCACAAACUGGGGACAACUGUUCACCUGGGGUUCAAAUGCACUCGGACAACUGGGGCAUGACCUAGAAAACAGCAGUUAUGCUACGCCUCGGAUGGUCAAAGCUAUUGCUACGAAAUCUGUAAUUCAAGUAGCAGCAGGUCAGAUGCACAGCCUGGCCUUAACCAACAAUGGUGAACUGUACGCAUGGGGAGCUAACGGCCACGGUCAACUAGGCCUCGGAACGACAAACGAGAAGAUUUUAGUUCCAACACUUGUUAAAUCGCUGGCCGGUAUUCCGAUAGCAUUUAUUGCUUGUGGCGGAUACCACAGUUUCGCUGUUUCCAAAUCCGGUGCAAUAUUCGGUUGGGGAAAGAACACUUUCGGUCAGCUGGGCCUGAAUGAUCUCAACUCGCGGUGCUACCCAACGCAAUUGAAAACAUUGCGCAGCCUUGGCGUGAAAUACAUCAGUUGUGGUGAUGAUUUUUCUGUGUUUCUUACCCAGGAGGGUGGAGUGUUUACUUGUGGAGCAGGAACAUUCGGUCAACUGGGUCAUGGAACUUAUAGCAAUGAAAUUUUGCCACGAAUGGUAUUCGAGCUGAUGGGAAGCAAAAUAACUCAAAUUGCAUGCGGACGAAGACACACGUUAGCAUUUGUACCCUCCCGCGGAAAGAUUUAUGGUUUCGGAUUGGGCGGAGUCGGUCAGCUAGGAGUGGGAGGCAAUUCUAAUUUCAAUACGCCGCAAAUAGUGCGAGGACCCUGGAUCGAUUCUUUUUCGGAUCUCAACCUCCGAGCAAGCUUACCAUCUCCAACUCAGCAGCUGAUUGUCGGAAAAAUAUUCUCAGGGGGUGAUCAAUGUUUCGUUUCUCUACUAACGGAAGCCUGCUUGGACGAACAUUCCGCCGACUAUCGUCUUUACGCCAUCGGAACGCAAAUAUGCUCACUAUCUGUCGAUGACAGCAGGAAACUGGCCAUUAUUCAACCAGAAGAAACCGUCGACAUGGACCUGAUUACGCUUGUGGAAACUGUGUUCAAAAGUUUAGCAUGUUUUAAUGCUUCUUGGCUAUUGCCAGAAGACAAACAUUUCUGCUGCACAUCCAAACAUCCGGGGGUGGAUGUUGAUGCAGCUGAAGCAGCCUUCGAGUAUAUUCGUAAAAUUGAACAUGACACUCUUAAGCAAUUGAUAUGGGAAGCGGUUUCCACGGAUUUGAUCAAUUCGUUGAUGCCAUCGCCAGCUGAUGUGGAAACACUGCGUGUUUAUCUAACACUGCCAAUGUACCAUGAGUUUAUCAAUUCCAAGAACUAUUUGAAACUACAUUCACCAUUUAGUCAAGCAUUUCAAAAUCUGCAGAAAAUUCCACACAAAAUCGUCAGUCUAUGGUGGUCGAAUCAAACGAGGGAGUAUUUUGAAAGGCUUGUAGAUAAUUUCAAGAGUGUGAUACUUUAUAUAAUACAUUUCAAGUUCCCUAAAGUGGUCGGAUGCGAGGAAAAACAGGAAAUUAGGUACGAGCCUAAUUUGGUAUCGAUGUUAAAUAUACUGGCAAUUCUGUAUAAAAUCAAUCACUUCGAGAGAUCGCAAAAGUUGCCCAAACAGCUGUUCCAUGUUAACGAAAUCGACGAUCUAAUCGAUAUUCGUUUAGACUACGUUCGCUGGGUGAUGGACACCAGCGGGAAUUGCUUUUCGUUGUGUAACUAUCCGUUCAUUUUCAAUGCAUCGUCGAAGACUUUGCUGCUUCAAACGGAUCAGGGCCUACAGAUGCACCAAGCUAUGCAGAAUGCGGUAAAUGCUAACUUUUUCGCCAUGCUUCGAUCCGACAUGGCCGUAUCGCAAUUUAUCGUGCUAAACGUAACCAGGGAUAACAUUGUUCAGGAUACACUCCGCGAGUUGGCUCAGUACACGGCCAACGAUCUGAAGAAACCUCUGAAAGUUCGUUUCCACGGAGAAGAAGCCGAAGAUGCCGGUGGUGUACGGAAAGAGUUCUUCAUGUUACUUCUCAAGGAUGUGAUCGAUCCGAAGUACGGGAUGUUCAAGACAUAUGAGGACUCGCGGGCGAUUUGGUUUACCGAAGAUUUCUUCGAUUCUGAAGAUAACAUGUUUGCGCUUAUUGGAAUACUGUGCGGGUUGGCAAUCUAUAAUUUCACGAUUAUCAAUUUACCGUUUCCUCUAGCACUAUACAAAAAAUUGCUUGGUGAAGAAGUAGAUCUAAGCGACUUGAAAGAGCUAAUGCCUACGGUAGCCAAUUCAAUGCAAAGUAUAUUGGACUAUUCAGAACCAGAUUUGGAAGAGGUGUUUAACCUAACUUUUUCCACUAGUCGGGAUUACUUCGGCGAAAUGCAAACAAUCGAACUUAAGCCGGGUGGUGAAAGCAUUCAAGUCACACAGGAAAAUAAGGACGAAUUUGUUCGACUUUAUGUGGACUAUAAGCUGAACAAAUCAGUAGCCAAAUCGUUCCAGCAGUUUUAUGCUGGUUUUAUGAAAGUAUGUGGUGGCCGUGUACUUAAACUGUUUGAAGCACAGGAACUGAUGGCGGUCGUUAUCGGGAACGAGGAGUACGAUUGGCUUGCGCUGGAGGAGCAAGCCGAAUACAAAAACGGAUACAAAUCCAGCGAUCAAACGAUUCGCUGGUUCUGGGAAGUGUUCCACGAGUUGCCUUUGGAAGAAAAAAAGAAUUUUUUACUUUUUCUAACUGGCUGUGAUCGAAUACCUAUUCAGGGAAUGAAAGCAAUUAAGAUAUACAUACAACCCACCAACGACGAAAAAUUUCUUCCUGUCGCUCACACAUGCUUCAACCUACUGGAUUUGCCUCAGUACCAAACGAAAGAAAGGCUCAAGUACAAACUGCUUCAAGCGAUCCAGCAGACUCAGGGUUUCAGUUUGGUAUAAAUUGUGUGCGGUGCUAUGCGUGAGUGACGAGAUAACUGUAUGUUAUGAGUGUCCUUAAGAUAAUGAUUAAUGAAAAAAAAACUAACGAACGUUGAUCUAUUAAGGUAUUUAUUUGUUUUAUACAUGCUUUUGAUCACGGAUAAAUGGUGAAAAUUCUAAACUACGAUUCUUUAGAAUAACGGUAAGAAAUCUGUUUUUCUGGUGAGUUCUUUGAAUGCGUGUUUGAAAAGAAUCGCGUUUGAAUUCACUGACUGAACCAUAGGGUAAGGUGUUUCCUCUUGAAUGAAAUAGGUCAAUUGCACAGUAUACUCUUUAUUGCUUGAUGCAUAUAUGUUUCAGUUUUAAUACAAGAAUCAACUAUAUAAGUUGAUGAGCACGAGUGUUUUGCGUUGUUAGUUGAUUUCUUAUCUCAAAUCGAUAAAACUUUUGUAUUUUAAGAUUGCGUCCUAAUUCAUGUCCAAAUUGAAACACAAAUCUUGCAUUAUGAAAUCAUAGUUUCUUUCUGCAUAAUUGUAAAAUCUUAAGACGAUGGUGCUUUGCAAAUUAUAAUUAUAUUAUGCAUAAUUUUCUCGAAUCGAUAUUGAAAUAUCUUUCUUCUAAUUUUGAAAUCCGAUUGAAGAGUAACAAGAACUUUCACGUAGUUCGGCAAUUUAAUUUAGUACUUCUUCAACAUGGCAAUAGUUAAAUAGUUACCUAAAGAUGUAGCGUUAAUAUGGUUAAGAACAACUUUAUUGGAACGAAAUUUAUGUUAUAAUAAUACAAAGUUGAAUAUUUUAAUUCUCGAUUGUUGACUAGAGAUUAGAGAUUGAAAACCAAAAAAAAAAAUAAUA